GACGACCAUGAUUGAGUCUCACCAAGUCUUGUCCAGUGUGUGUUUCUGCAGAGACGAGAAGAUGAUCCAGCCAGAGAUGGAAACCCUCGACAAGUUGUUUCACGGUGUGUCCCAGGCCACACUUUUCUUACUUCUUCUGAUGCUGAUGCUUCUGUUCAUCAACACUUGGAGGCAAAGACGCCGUUCACACAUACCAGGUCCUUCCUUCUUGGCUGGAGUUGGUCCGAUCCUGUCCUAUGCGAGAUUCAUCUGGAUGGGGAUUGGAACUGCGUGUAACUACUACAACAAGAAGUAUGGCAGCAUUGUGAGAGUAUGGAUUAACGGGGAGGAGACUCUCAUCCUGAGCAGAUCCUCUGAGGUGUACCAUGUUUUGAAGAGCGCCCACUACACCUCCAGAUUUGGGAGCCAGAGAGGCCUCCAGUGCAUUGGGAUGGACGGAAGGGGGAUCAUUUUCAACAGUGAUGUCCCUCUGUGGAAAAAAAACAGGACGUAUUUCUCUAAAGCUCUGUCCGGCCCCAGCCUCCAGAGGACCGUAGGAAUCUGUGAGAGCUCCACAGCCGAACACCUAUCCAGGCUGCAGGACGUGACCGACUCCUCCGGACACGUGGACGCUCUCAAUCUCCUCAGAGCCAUUGUGGUGGACAUUUCCAACAGGCUCUUCCUCAGGGUGCCUCUUAAUGAGAAGGAACUGCUGCAAAAAAUCCACAACUACUUUGAAACCUGGCAGGCAGUUCUGAUCAAGCCUGACGUGUUUUUCAAGAUGGGAUGGCUGUACAAUAGGCAUAAGAGAGCUGGUCAGGAGCUGCAAGAUUCAAUGGAGAAACUGCUGGAAAUCAAGAGGAAGAUGAUUUAUGAGGCGGAAAAACUGGAUGAAGAUCUCGACUUUGCCACAGAGCUCAUCUUUGCUCAGAACCAUGGAGAGCUCUCAGCUGACAACGUCCGGCAGUGCGUGCUGGAGAUGGUGAUUGCAGCUCCGGACACGCUCUCCAUCAGCCUCUUCUUCAUGCUGAUGCUGCUGAAGCAGAACCCUGACGUGGAGCUGCAGAUAGUGGAAGAGAUGAACACCGUUUUGGGUGAAAAAGCAACAGAGAGCAUUGAAUAUGAAAACCUCAAAGUGCUGGAGAGCUUCAUCAACGAGUCCAUGAGGUUCCAUCCAGUGGUUGACUUCACGAUGCGCAAAGCUCUGGAGGACGAUGAGAUCGAAGGCACAAAGAUCAGGAGGGGAACCAACAUCAUUCUCAACAUCGGUCUCAUGCACAAGACUGAGUUCUUCCCAAAACCCACAGAGUUCAGUCUGGCCAACUUUGAAAAAACCGUCCCCAGUCGUUUCUUUCAACCCUUCGGCUGUGGACCCCGCUCCUGUGUGGGCAAGCACAUCGCCAUGGUGAUGAUGAAGGCCAUCCUGAUAACCCUGCUGUCCCGCUACACGGUGUGUCCCCGCCAAGGCUGCACCCUUAACAGCAUCAGGCAGACCAACGAUCUGUCACAGCAGCCUGUGGAGGAUGAGCACAGCCUGACCAUGCGCUUCAUCCCGCGGGCUGCACGCCCACAACUGACAUAAGACUGUGAUAGCGCUCUACUAAUGUGUUUCACCCAUUAUAAUGUGUUAGUACUGUUAACUAUUAACCCUUUAAAGCAAAAAAAAACUGUCAGUAAUGCAAUAAUUUAGCUUGUUUUUAAUAGUAUUUUUGUGUAUUUUAUUGAAACCACAAAAUCCCAUUUUAACUGUAUUCCUAUCAUACCGUCAGAGUUGCCAGAUUGUACAAUAGAACUAACGUUACUAAUAAAAGCAAUAUGUUGACGAAC